UGCGGCCGACCGAGUCGAGUUCAGUUCGAGUCGGCAGCGAGAGUGAACGCGUUUCUCGGUUUUAUCUUCCGUUCUUUUGUUCCCGUUCGCACAGAGCAGUAGUAUUUUGAUACGCUUCUACACACCUCUCACCUUAUCGGAUACAUAGUUUGGUGUGUUUGGAUGUGAAGCGCUCUCGAGUGUCGUCCCCAUUUGACGUCGUCCCGCACAAUUUUGCGUCACUUGCGAAGGAGAAAGAGCAAGACGGAAGUGAAGGAGAGCCUCCUGCAAUAUAUAUUUUUUCCUGUUACAAAUUUCUCCGAUUGUUUCGCAAUUGCUGUUGUUGGUGCUGCCGUGUUUGACUUACAAUUUGAGUGUUUUGUUAGAGAAGAAACAAUUACAGUAUCUCAUGCUCGUUUGCUUUCGUCUGACCUUGACGGCAGAGAAGUGGUGAGCGAGAAAGAGAGGGGAAAGGUGUGUAAGUUGUUAGUAACUCUCAGACAAACAAAAAGUUAGAUGAAUCCACGUCGUUGAGUUUUGUUUCUUUGUUGAAAGUUGAUAUUUUCGCGCAUUUCAAACCGAUCGCCGCAAGUGGAAGUGGUCAUUGCAGUCGAAAAACGGUGGUUUAAGCGGUGGAAAAGUGCAGAUUUUUUUACUUCCUUUCGGUUCACCUCGAUCCGAUUUCGGUUCCUUCACUGUGCCACUCUCUAGCCACCCAUACACUGACACAGGCAGGUUUCAUAUAAGAAGCCAUGUAAUGAGAAGGUGAACGCGACACAACACUUUGGAGGGAAAUAAUAACAACAAAAACAGAAAAACGGAAAGGUGUUGUGUAUACAAGCGCGCGGGUAGCGAGAAAGAGCGCGGGAGAUAGUGAGGGUGAAAGAGAAGAACUAUUCCGUGGAGGUCGUUGCUAGGAAAGAAAAGCAAAGGAAGAAUAACCGAACGAGAAAGAGUGAGUGGCCUCCAAAACAGCCUUCUUCGAUUCUCGCCCCGUGAAUCGAGUGUUGUGCAAAUCGCACGAAUGUGUGAAAGGAAGCUGCUGUCGCGGUUGCUGUUGCUGCUGCUGGGAGGAGAGCGUGUUGCAUAGCAUAAACGGCUGUGUUGUGUGUAUUACUCUCUUUUUUUUUUCCUUUAUUGCUUCCCUUUUGCGUGUGCACUCUCGCCGUUCUUACCUGUUAUAUAUGUUCAGGGCGGCUCUCGCUAAUGUUGAUUGCGAUGAUGUGCGUUAGUAGUGGUGCGCGAGAAGCGGUCUUCUAGUGUCAAUAAACUCUGGCGCUCGAACUCGUUGGAAGUGCGGGGUAAGAGAGAAAGGGGAAGCGCGAGGAGGAAUACGAAAAGCGGAGAAAACAUACAUAAAACAUGGAUAGAAGUUGAACCUUCGGGACCAAAAAAAUGAUUUCUGCUUCUAUGUUAUUAUUGUCGUAGUCGCAUGUGUGUGAAGAAGAAUAAUUACUGAAGCAGUAGCAAAAUGACAUCAACGGAGUCGCGAGGUAACGUAUCGGUGACAACGAUCAAUUGCGAAAAUGAUCCUAACUUCAGUCCGGCCAACGUUAGCACUAUAAUCCCAAGCUCUGGGAGCAGCAGUAGUAGCAAUAGCAGCAGUAACACUCCGAACACAAGUGCCAACAGUAGCAGUGGCACGAUUUUCGGGAAUGUGGGUAUCAGAAUUACCGUGCCAAAAAUGGAAGAAUCUGACGAGUCUGAUACAGAACUAUCGAACAUUGAAAAGACAGCUAAAGUUAACAUGCGGGAGGAUAGCCACGCCAGUAAAGCGCUGCCCCGGCCAAUGUCCUGGGAGGGGGAACUGUCUGAGCCUGAGGCGAUGAUGAUUGACAACGAAAACAGCUCGAGUUGCACUGGCCCAGCUUCGAUAGUCGGUAAGACAGAACCACUCGUGGUAACCAAGGAAGAACCUUCCGGACCAGGAAUAACCGAGCCAUUGGCACUUACUGCGAAUAACAGUAGUAGCAGCUCACCCAUCCCAUCCAGGGCUAUCAAGCCGGAAGUUGGCAUUUCGUUGAUAAACCACACCGUAACUUCCAGUUACUCAAAUUCCAUUCCAACUAAUAGUAGUACUAUUAACGUUAAGAAACUCCCGGACGUCAUCAAUUUGAAGUACGAACAUGGCCUUGCGGAUAAUCUCUCAGCCGUACACUCGCCGCUUCUGGUUCGUUCAAAAACCACACUUCUUCCGGCUAAUCCAAGUCCGGAUUCUGCCAUCCACUCCGUUUACACUCACAGUUCGCCGAGUCAAUCCCCGCUCACGUCCCGGCAUGCUCCCUACACCCCUUCGCUCAGUCGUAACAACAGCGACGCCUCCCACAGCAGCUGCUAUUCGUAUAGCUCCGAAUUUAGCCCAACGCAUUCACCGAUCCAGGGACGGCACAAUAUGUUCGCCGGUGGAUCCUACAACGGAUCCCCGCUACAUCACUCAGUAUUAUACAAACCGAUGAUCGACACGGAACAAAGUCUCAAACUUGCCGGCCAGGAGGAGCCUGUCUUCGACAGCGAACAUCUGCCGUCCCCGGGUAUCUCCCGGCAGCAAUUGAUCAACAGCCCAUGCCCCAUUUGCGGGGAUAAAAUCUCCGGAUUCCAUUAUGGCAUUUUCUCGUGCGAAUCGUGCAAGGGCUUUUUCAAGCGGACCGUACAGAACAGGAAGAAUUAUGUGUGCCUUAGGGGAGCCGCCUGUCCGGUGACGAUCGCGACCCGGAAAAAGUGCCCCGCGUGUCGGUUUGAGAAGUGCCUUCAGAAGGGAAUGAAGUUGGAAGCCAUCCGCGAGGACCGAACUCGUGGCGGUCGGUCGACGUAUCAGUGUUCGUACACGCUGCCCGGUACGAUCCUGAGUCCGUCAUUGUCCAACAAUGACAAUAGCAGUGGUGGCAGUGGCAACAAUUAUCCGUACUCGAAUGCGCACCGUGGCCAGUUCCAGCCGGGAGGGCCCAAUGGUAACGGUGGUGGUGGUGGUGGUUUCGUUGGAGGCCAACAGAUGAAAAUCGAAUCAAACCAAGACAACAGCAGUUCGAACAGUAGCGGGCCGGUAAACGAGGGUAACAUGAACUGCAAUCAUCACGGGCGAUCGGGUGGCGUUCCACAAUUGCUCCAGGAAAUCAUGGAUGUCGAGCAUCUGUGGCAAUACAAUGCGGCCGAGCUGGCACGACUGAAUCAGCCUCCGCCGCCGGUAAGCAGUAGUGCAGCAGCCAUCUCGGUCAAUCCGUUGCUGACGAGUGCGGGGAUUUCGAGUGACAGCAGCCCGGAUCUGAUUGCCAAUCUGUGUAACAUCGCGGACCAUCGGCUGUACAAGAUUGUCAAGUGGUGCAAGAGCUUGCCGCUGUUUAAAAAUAUUUCGAUUGACGAUCAAAUUAGCCUGCUAAUCAACUCGUGGUGUGAGCUGCUGCUUUUCUCGUGUUGUUUCCGGUCAAUGUCGACUCCGGGCGAAAUUAAGAUCUCCCUCGGAAAAUCCAUAACACUGGAGCAGGCCCGGCAUAGCGGAUUGCAGCCAUGCAUCGAACGUAUGCUCAAUCUAACCGAUCACCUCCGGCGGCUUCGGGUGGAUCGCUACGAAUACGUUGCCAUGAAGGUGAUUGUGCUGCUCUCGUCGGACACGUCCGACCUAAAGGAGUCGGAAAAGGUUCGAGCCAGCCAGGAAAAAGCCCUACAGGCGCUCCAAGCGUACACUCUGGCUUACUACCCUGAAACUCCGGCCAAGUUUGGAGAGUUGCUGCUGCGAAUUCCCGAACUUCAGCGAACUUGUCAGGUUGGCAAGGAGAUGCUCACAAUAAAACCGAAAGACGGCGAGGAGCCGUCCUUUAAUCUGCUGAUGGAAUUGCUCCGCGGAGAGCAUUAAUAGGUAUAAGCAUUUGCGCGCGGUAGCGCAUAACGGACAGAUCGUGCCUCAUUCAUUCUAGUGCUUAACGAAACCAAUGUUCCCAAUGGUUGGGAACGGAAGAGGUGGGCGCAGGAACGCCCACCGAAUAGAGCGCAACCAUCGGAGGGAUCCCUGAAUAUACACUCAGCUCUCUUUCUUUCGACGAUCCUUUCACAUACACACAUCAGUUCCCCGGGAUGAAUCUUCCGAGAUUCAGCGAACCGAAAUCAAAACUUUUUCUUUGCUAGGAAAUGUGAUUUUUAAUUCUUAACUCUCUGGAUAGGUAGAGCGAGUAUAUUUUAUUCUUUUUGUCACUAGUAUUAGACACAUAUUUAACAGAUUUUUAUUUUCUCCCCCACAUUGCGAUUUUUUAUUUGUCUGUUGUAAGAAGUUUUAUUUAACUGCUUGUAUCUAGUUUUUAGAACCAUCGUUGAGAAUCGUUUCUGUUGUACCGCGAUUGAUGGAGGAUGAGAAAAAGUUGAUUUACGUUUAUUUGUUUCCUGUUCCAUUGGGCACACAAAAUAAGUUUCCCCCUCCCCCAGUAGAACAUUAAGCAGAAGAGCCCAUAGCAAGUUACACCUCCUACGCCUAAGAAAUAGGAUAAAUUUGAAAACUAGCAAUAGAAACCUUCUCUUCCUUUUGUAGCAACUAUAAAUCGGUAAGUUUCUUUAAUUAGGCGAAGCAUAAAAAAACUAGCGUUGUAUUGUUGAUUAAUACAAGUUUUUCUGUUAAGCUGUGCUUUUUAAAUGAAAAUGUUUAAGUUUCCAACGCCGGAGUUGCAAGUGUGUGGAUGGGCGCGGCAUUCAUAGAAGGCCGCGGGGCCAAAAUGUUCUAUUAAAUAAAGCAAACAACUGUAAAGUGUUUCAGAAAACGAGAACAAAAGAAUCGUCUGUUAAAAAUGUUUCACACUGUGAAAAACAAUAAGCAUGGCACAUGAAUUCAUCGUACACAAAUGAAAAAUAAUCAGCAACACAAACCUUCCUGUCCCAAACAUGGUCAGAGAAAGGACAUCUAUUUACUCAAGCAAACGGUUUCCAGUUUUUGGGGCGUAUAAUUAUCUAAUCGCUACUGCUACUGCUCUCCUGAUCAAUAUAAUGCGCUUAUAUCGAAUCGGAGAGAUCUUCGGCGCAGUGGCGCAAAACGGUUCCCCAACGAUCGUCAAUCGAAAAACAAAAGGGAAAGUGUGCCUUUUCUGAUAACAACAAACAGAAACAAAAAAAAAACAGAACAAUUUCGGGUAGAGUAAGCAUAUUUUAUAAGAAAAAACAAACAAACAAUAUAUUGAAAGCAUAAAAGAACAACAAACAGAACAAAAAACAAACCGCGAAAGUGUAAAGUGUGAGAGUAGUAAGCGUAAAUGACUGAAUUUUUUUAGUCUAGAGUUAGCGUACGAUAAUGAAAAAGAAGACCCCGAGUGUCAAGCGUGUCAAGUCACGUGAGUAGUCAAGUCGCCGCGUGUAAAUAGUCCAAUGCAGGUGAACAACUUUUUGAAACGUGUUUUUUGAAAUCCGAGAUAUAAUAUUCUCUUUGAUAGUGGCAAUAUACAACCGAGAAGAAAACAAAAUGGGAUCCAAAGGCGGAGAAACAACAAUUAUUACAAGCUUACAUAACGAAAAAGGGAAAUCAGGAACCGAAGAGGAAGCAACUUAUAUUGUAUAUGUAGUGCAAUACAUUGUUUUGUAUUUUAAUUUUCGUUCCCCGAACGUUUAAACUUCCAGAAGCGGAAAUCUGUGGUGAGAGCAGGAUUUUUGGAGGGCAUUUUCAGUUUUUAUGCGCAAUUGAUGAAUAAGGUAAUCAAGAAGAUUUCUAUGAGAGAGCAAGCCGUUAUUUAUAGGAUGUUGUGCACGAUCCUAUUUGUUUUUGUGUAAAUAUCGUAUUAUGAAAAUAAAAAAAAAACUGAGAAACGAAUUAGUUUUCCAACAAAACUGUGGAAGCAUGUGAUUUAAGUGUAACGCUAAGUACUAGAUAACGAUAACUCUCAGAAACAGAACAAAAAAGUCUAAAACUCUAGCAAAAUAUACAGCUACUUAAAGAAAUCAAACGACGAAACGUUGUGCGAGGAAAGUAAAAUCGGUGAAAACCAACGGAAAACAAAUGCACACAAAAAUGACGAAAUUACAGUAUUUUAUAGAAAUGUACGUUUUACUGAAAGAGCGUUGAAACUCUGAAUGUUUUAUGUUGUGAGAUCAUGUUUUUUUUUUGUUUCCUUUGAAUGCCAUCGCGAACGCAAACACGCAAAUACAACAACAAGAGGUGGGCCGGCAUUUCGAAUGGUGGUUUCCACGCAUAUAUGGUACUUAAACGAAUUUUUAGGUUUAUCCAUUAUUUUUGUUUCGGAACGAAACCUCCCCCAAACUCCUCAACGGUGUGCCGAUUAGUAGCUAAUUGGGCGCCCCGUGUGGAAACAAAAUUGAUUAUUUUUUAGAAUAAAUAUCAGUUUAUAACGUAA